CACUACGGAAGCCGGAGCUGGUCUUUGCUAGAAAUGGACGUUCCUGAGGCGCCCUCUGGUGGAUCUGGAGCUGACGGUCUGUAAAUUCCAAGUGAUGUCCAGGGUCCUCACACCGCCGCCCAGGCCCUCCCCCGGAAAUGGGACUCUGUACGAACAUUACAGCUACGUGGGCAAGCUGGCCGGCCGGCUGACGGACGCCCCCGAGGGCAGCGCCCUCACCACCGUGCUGUUCUUGGUCAUCUGCAGCUUCAUCGUCCUGGAGAACCUGAUGGUUCUGAUUGCCAUCUGGAAAAACAAGAAGCUUCACAACCGCAUGUACUUUUUCAUCAGCAACCUGGCUCUCUGCGACCUGCUGGCUGGCAUCGCCUACAAGGUCAACAUCCUGAUGUCAGGCAAGAGGACGCUGAGCCUGUCUCCCACGGUCUGGUUCCUGCGAGAAGGCAGCAUGUUCGUGGCCCUCGGGGCAUCCACCUGCAGCUUACUGGCCAUCGCCAUCGAGCGGCACCUGACCAUGAUCAAAAUGAGGCCGUACAAUGCCAACAAGAAGCACCGGGUCUUCCUCCUCAUCGGCAUGUGCUGGCUCAUCGCCUUCUCGCUGGGAGCCCUGCCCAUCCUGGGCUGGAACUGCCUGCAAAACCUCCCCGACUGCUCCACCAUCCUGCCCCUCUACUCCAAGAAGUACAUCGCCUUCUGCAUCAGCAUCUUCACCGCCAUCCUGGUGGCCAUCGUGAUCCUGUACGCGCGCAUCUACUGCCUGGUGAAGUCCAGCAGCCGCAGGGUGGCCAGCCCCCAGCACUCGGAGCGGUCCAUGGCCCUGCUCCGCACCGUGGUGAUCGUGGUGAGUGUGUUCAUCGCCUGUUGGUCCCCACUCUUCAUCCUCUUCCUCGCCGACGUGGCCUGCAAAGUGAAGGAGUGCGCCGUCCUGUUCAAGGACAAGUGGUUCAUUGUGCUGGCAGUGCUCAACUCCGCCAUGAACCCCGUCAUCUACACGCUGGCCAGCAAGGAGAUGCGGCGGGCCUUUUUCCGGCUGGUCUGCAACUGCCUGGUCAGGGCCCCGGGCACCCGCUCCCUGCCCAUCCAGCUCACUCUCGACCCGAGCAAGAGCAAGUCCAGUGGCAGCAACAGCAGCCCCUCCCCGAAGAGCAAGGAAGACAUCACCCAAACGGCCCCCUCACCCUGCAUCACCGACAGAAACAAAACCCUGCAGAAUGGGCUCCUCUGCAAGUGAGAGCGGGGCUCGGGGAGCAGGUCCUCGCGUCUCCACGGGAGGAGCAGC